GUCAUUAUCUCAUAGUCCAAGUUGAACCCUACACUGCCACACGCGCUCCGACUGUAGAAAUACGUAAAAAGAUUAAGAUUAAAGAGUGUGGACACAAAUUGAUGUCAUUCAGAUACAAUUCUCGGGCACAAUAAGUAAAAACUCAGAAUGAGGGCAGCACUAAACACAUGGCGCGAAAGUUCAAGUCUUUUGCUCAUCGCCAAAACGAAUUUUGUUCCGCCUGUCAGUGGCACAGCUACAGACUUUAACUACAAACUGUUAAGCAUUAAACGCUCUACAAAGAGCAAAUUCAUGCCUGAUACGCAUGUGUUUCCCGGUGGAAACAUUUCCUCAGCGGAUAAAUCCACAGACUGGUUGCAAUUGUACGAAAAAUUCGGUUUUCAACGCGAUGCAUUUGCUAGACUGGAUUAUAAAGUCAAUCGACCUCCAAUCCUGCAAGAUUAUGAUAGUGAGAAUGCCAAAGAGCAGUUGCCACAGUUUUUGUCGCUGCGGAUCGGUGCCAUUCGAGAAACCUUCGAGGAAUGCGGCAUUCUUAUUUGUAGAAGCUAUAAAAUUAAUUACAAGGAGAGGAUGGCUCGAUGGGCAUCAUUCAUAGGCGGACCUGAAAUAAAAAAAUGGCAGGAUUUAGUCCAUGACGAUCCACAAAAGUUUCUAGAAUUAUGCCAUAAAUUCGAAGUAUACCCAGAUGUUUGGGCCUUAAAAGAAUGGGCAAACUGGUCCACACCUGCUACGAUACCGCGAAAAUUCGACACCAUGUUUUUCCUUGCAGCUUUCUAUGAAACACCUGCCGCGUACGCAGAAAAACACGAAGUGCAACACCUAGAGUGGGCGACACCAAAAGAUUACGUCCUUCGUAACCGCCUGGAAGAAAUCGCACUACCACCGCCACAAUUCUACGAGAUUUCCCGCCUGGGAAACUUCCUAGACGUUGAUCGCCUGAUGAAAUUCGCGCAUGAACGCGCCGCGCAAGGCAUCGAACGUUUCAUCCCGGUGCAUUGCAAAACCGACAAAGGUGUAUACGCCAUCUUGCCUGGUGAUGAUCUUUACCCAGACAGUCCUGAAUCUGUCGACGGUGCACUGGAAAUGGCGCAUCUUCCGGACAGCGAAGUCCAGAAUCGCGUGCAACAUAAAACUUUAUAUCUACAUGAUCUAUGCGUGAAAAACUACACGCCUAAAUGCGGACAUGUUGUCCCAAUAGACUUCCCGUCCAAUGGCGGACAUAAAUUAUAACCUAUAACUGCACUAGUCAUAUAAACUAUGGGUUGGUAAAAUAUGCUUAAGUUAUUUACAAAGUUUUGGUUUAAUGUCUACACAAUUGACAUAUAGCCUGGUAUGAGAAGCUAAUUGAAGCCUCCAGAGGGCGCUGCGCACGCCGCUGCGCCCAGAAUGCUUUUCAGCAUUUGAUUGAUGGAAAUCAACGUGUUGCAUGCGAAAUAAUACACAAUACAAUCAACAAAUAGGGGGUGAAAUUGCCGUACAGUAAAGUGUUCCAUUGUGAACUAAGCUGUAUAAAAAAUAGAUAUAAACGUGUUUAUGAAAAAUAUGUGCGGCUAGAAAUAAUUGAUGCUUCCAUUAUGUGAGUAUGUGCGACUUAAAACGAGGAGAUAAAAUUGCACGCAUAAUUAUUGCUUUGUUUGAAAUUUCAUUUAAACUUUCUGCCAUUAUAGUUAAUAUCGCUAGUUGUUAUGUAUGUACAGGUAUAACACAAUGGGCGAUCAGCAAACUGGCCCAGUGUUCUCUUGUAUAUGUAGCGUGUUUUGUUUUCUGUUUACUUUAGAGUUU